AUGAACCCCGAGGCUCGAGCAACCUUCAAUCACUUUACCUUGGAUCCUUCCUCAGCAACCAACAACAUAUAUUUGUCAACAUUUACCAUCAUGGAUACGAUACAUAGCUCAUCUCGACUGAUGCCAUAUGCUAAAGACCAUGACCGUUUACGACUUGCACUCGUCUCUGUCGAAGACGAUAUUUCCCCUUACGAGACCGAGCUUAAGGAACUCAAAUCGAAAGAACAUAAUUUACGGAAGAGAAUUGAAUCAUACGGCCUCCUUAGAAUAACCGGGAUAAACGAUUGCACCAAUAAAUUUCACCCCACCAAGUACGGAGGUUCGACCAAGCAGGGAGUCCCUCUCAGUCAAGGGAGGCCAGAGACCCAAAUGCAAUACCCAGAAGAGUCAACGGAAGAGGGUGAUCAAGCAACGAAGUGCCUUGUGGGGAAGAAGAAUGCAGACUCGGAUGCUUUACGGGCCGUUGUGAAGCGCAUCAAAGAGCUCGAAAAUCCGGGGAGCGAAUACAACAAGCAGGUUGCUCGGAAGGGAGAGAUUUUGAAGUCCAUUGAAGAAUUGCAUGCGGCUGCAUUUGAUGGAGAUACUCCUGAAUUUCCUCACGAAGAUCACCUUGAAGGGCUUGUCAAAGCAGCGGAAAACGCGCUUAAAGGAGAACAAGCUACUUUUGAUGCACUAGGCCAACACGAUGCAUUGCUCAUGUUAGCAUACACCGCAAACGAAGUAAAGAUCGACUUAUGGAACAUCUACCAAGAUAUCGUCUAUAUGUGCGCAAAAAUUGAGGACAAAUCCCAGUCGCUGCCUAGCAUCUCCCGCCUGAAGGAGUAUUGGGAGACUCAUAUGAAGUACCGACUUCCGGUGGUCGCAAACCGGUGCCGGGCGUGGAAAGCAUCAGCCGUUCAAUACUUAGACGAACACUCUACUACAACCCUCUCGCCAGAUGUUAUAGACACAAUUCCUCAGUUUGAAGCUAUAGAACUGGUUGGAUUGUUCUCCCGGGCGUCGUCCAAAGAAUUUGUGGUCCAAGAUGCAAGGGGUCUAGGAUACAAGCUUUUUGACAAUGCUUGCAUAUCAAACACCCAGAUCCAGACCUUAGCAAGUGAGGUUAGGUAUUUAAAGUCGCGGGCUGACUCAUCGAUUAAAUUAGCCGAGAAAACGCUCGAAAUUCGACGUCGCCAACUCGGCGCCGCACGAACCCAGAUCUUGAAACAUGUACUAGAUCCCAAGAGGAACCCCAUCGAACCACAGGCCGAGAGCCUUCCGGAAUGCCGAGAGGAACUCUCGAUACACGACUCAUCCUGGUUCCGCCAUCCGGACUAUACUUUUGAAGAACGGCGAGGGAUGAAUUCGAUAACUCAUCUCCUCUCGGACGUUGUGUUCUCGGAAUGGGAUGAUCCUUUCGAUUUCAGCAGGCGACCACAGUUCUGCAUCUAUGGCGAACCCUUUUAUCGCAGGGACGUUGGUCUACAUGAUAGGAUUGGGUCGUUUCCUGAAUUACCUGAGAGGCCCAGCAUGUCCCGAGAACUUGGACUAAUCGGGGAAGAUUCGGACGGAUGUGACUGGACUGACCACACUCGUCUGCGAAGAACUCGGGCUUGA